UUGCUGUUUAGUGAUUCUUUUCUUUAGGUUUUAUCAUUAAUAUUACCUUUAAACCUUCUAUUUCCAUUUGAAAUUAACCCCUGAAGAAUUUCGAACCUGCUCUCUUCAGGAUAUCCUAUUUUUAUUGUUGGAAGUGCUCCCUUUUUAUCAUUUUCCACCCCGAACACAUCUGCUCAGCCACCGUUUGAAGCGGACCAUAUAUAAAGGGAAACACCCGACCCGCUAAUUUUUUUCCUUGCGACUAUCGUCAUGGAGUACUAUUACCGUAAACUGAUGGGGAAUGGAGCUGAAACCUCCAAAUUCAGACUCAAUGUUCCUCCUCCUAUUCAACUGAAUCAAUCGAACCUCAGACUGGCUGCUGAGAACGAUACGGAUAGAAAAGCCACAUCCCAACAAACAAUCCAGCCACUUACCAGUAGAUCCUCCAGCAUAAGGUCACCAGAUAGUGUUAAAUCUUCUAUCAGUGACGCUGCUAGCACAGAUGGAACGUCAAUAAGCUCCCCUGUUAGUGCAACAAAUGAUGCCACCACCACCACCAAUAACAACAACAACAAUGGAACUGCCACAGUAGUAUCUAAAUCAAAUCCAGUAGAAUCCCCAGAAACUCAUCAUACAAACAAUUGUAACCGAUGCUAUAGACUCAAAAAGAAAUGUCUGAGAGAAUACCCAAAGUGUGCAAAUUGUACAAAGACCAGAAGAGAAUGUGUAUAUGUGAGCAGAAGUAACAAACGUAGAAAGAGAGUUAAAGUUGGAGAAAAUGAGACUGUGUUGGGCGAUUUGAAUAAACCUCUCGCUAAGACUAAGGAUUUGACACCACCAUCUGAUCAAGCGGAGCCUGAGUUCAUUCAUAUAGUUGCUGGAACUUCUGGUGACUCUAAAACUUCAGAAAAUGAAGAAAAGAAGGCUGUGGCAAAUCUGCUUGUUUCCAUAUCUUCACUUCUUUCCAAUGAACAUACAAAUACAAUUGAAGGAGGUGAUCGAUUUAGAGAAAAGAGACAAUUUCCAACCUUACUUCCUCCACCAAGAAGGGAUUUCUUCAACACUAACAACAACAAUAAUAAUAAUAAUACCUCUGUUGCAUACGGAAAUGGUGGAGGAUUUUCGUCCUAUCGUCCUAACCCAGCAACUUCAUUCAUUGAUAAGCUUGUGGUGAAAUCACUCCAUUCAAGCUCAAACAAGGAAGACAAUUCCCUGGGUCAAGAAGAAUUCCUCACCAUGAGAGCCAUUGCAGAUGAAGAUAUUCCAGUAAGAUUGGCACUCAAUUACUUCCAUAACUAUGAAACAAUCUGCCCAUUCAUUGAUCAAGAACAAUUCAUGAAGACAAUCAAAUUGAUAGACUUUACCAAGGAGACAAUUGUCAAUUUGGACGUGUACUUGUUGUUGAGUGUUGGGUCGUUGAUUCAUGACAAGAACACCAACUCCAAUCUAUUCAAGACUUAUUUCAGUGAAAAGAUUGUCGAAUCUAUAAUUGAUAUUGUUGAGUUCAAUAAUAUUGAUAGUUUGAAAUUACUUCUUUUAUUGACUAUUUAUUCAUUACAUCUGUAUAAGGAAGAUCUUUGUUGGGAAUUAUUGGGGGUUUUAACGCGACAUGUGAUACGACAAGGUUUGUACAAGCCAUCCAACAAACCAGAUCAAGAACAAUCUGGAACAUCACUGCAUUUUGAUUUGAAGGAAAGGGUCUUUUGGUCAGUGUACAAUUUGGAUAAGACAUUAAGUUUACUCAUUGAUAGACCAAGUCAAAUGCCGCAAGAAGCGUUCAUUACUCUUAAAUUACCAAUAAUAAAGGCAAACUGUGAGUCUGAACAUACCAUAGAGAUAUUCAAUCAAGAGAUUAGAUACAGUAAACUUUUGGAUAGACUUUUAACAUUGAAACUUUCCGAGGAAAAAUCAAAUCUUGUCACUCAAGUGAAAGAUUUAUCAUCCAAUAUUGAGAAAUGGAGAGUUUGUAUCAGUCGAGUGAUUCAUAGUUCACAAUAUGUUUCACCUGAAGAUUAUAUUUCAUUAAUUAACUUGAAAUAUUAUUAUUUUUUGAUUGAACUUGAUCAAUUAUCACUGAGUGAAUCAUUUCAAUUUACUUUACAAUUUUUAUCAAAUUCUUUUUCAUUGUUAAUAUCAGACAAUGAUGUAUCUUCCAAUACUGAUAAACCAUCCAAAUCAGGCAUUGAAUUCUCACUUUGCACUCUGUUUUGGUACCUGCAAUUGUUCAAGGUUGUUCAAUGUAGUCUUGAAUCGUUGAGUUCAGUGGUUGAAUCUGAAGUUGAUUUACAAAAAAUUGAAACAAGUCUUAAAUUGAGUGAAUUUAAUAGUAAUUUACAACUUAUGGUGAAUUUAUUUAAAUAUUUGAUGAAACAAAAUCGUCAAUUUGGAGGCCAUAACACCCAAUUAGAAGGGAUUAUAUGUGUUUAUACCGCACAAUUAAGCACCCUUGGGAUGAAUAUGAUGGGAUACAUGAUGGCUGGAAGUGAUAGAACAGGUUUAGCAUCAGAAUUGAAAAAGAUUAAAUCACAUUUAAGGGAAACGGAGUUAUAAAGUACAAUAAAAAUAUCAAAAAAAAAAAAAAAAAAAAGAAAGAGAGAAAAGAAUUGAAAGUAUAUAAGAAUAGUAUAAAGUAAUAUAUUAUAAGUAUCUCCAA